GGGAAGGAAGCCCUGACCCACUUCCCGUCGCUGGGGCCCUCCCCGGGCUCUGCCCAGGGCAGGGUGCACGUCAAGCAGUGUGACCUGCUCCAGCUGUCCCGCAAGCAGAAGCGGCUGUGCCGGCGGGAGCCGGGCCUGGCCGAGACCCUGCGGGAUUCCAUCCGCCUCGGGAUCAUGGAGUGCCAGUUCCAGUUCCGCAGCGAGCGCUGGAACUGCAGCCUGGAGGGGAGGACCAGCCUGCUCAAGAGAGGUUUCAAGGAGACGGCCUUCCUGUACGCCGUGUCCUCGGCGGCCCUGACGCACUCGCUGGCGCGGGCCUGCAGCGCCGGGCGCAUGGAGCGCUGCACGUGCGACGACUCCCCGGGGCUGGAGAACCGCAAGGCCUGGCAGUGGGGGGUCUGUGGGGACAACCUCAAGUACAGCACCAAGUUCCUCAAGAAGUUCCUGGGGCAGAAGAGGAUCGGCAAAGACCUGCGGGCCAAGGUGGACAUCCACAACACCAACGUGGGCAUCAAGGCAGUGAAGAACGGCCUGAAAACCACGUGCAAGUGCCACGGCGUGUCGGGCUCCUGCGCCGUGCGGACGUGCUGGAAGCAGCUCUCGCCCUUCCACGAGAUCGGGCGGCUGCUGAAGCUUCGCUACGACGACGCCGUCAAGGUGUUCAGCACCACCAACGAUGCCGUGGGGCACUCGGAGCUGGCCGGGCCCCCCCGGCAUGGGCAGUCCCCUCGGCUGCCCCCGGCCCCCCGCGCCACCGACCUCGUGUACGUGGAGGACUCGCCCAGUUUCUGCCGCCCCAGCAAAUACUCGCUGGGCACCGCGGGGAGGACCUGCUCCAGGGAGGGCAACUGCGACACCAUGUGCUGCGGGAGAGGCUACAACACCCAGAGCCGGCUGGUCACCUUCUCCUGCCACUGCCAGGUGCAGUGGUGCUGCUACGUGGAGUGCCAGCAGUGCAUGCAGGAGGAGGUGGUGUACAGCUGCAAACAGUAG